AUGUCCUCGGCUAGUGUUGCAACAGCGUCCAGCACCGCGCUUCCUACUGAUCCUACCACCCCUGCAUUCUCGGACGACCUUCAAUGGAUCACGGCAUAUCUUACAAUUCACUCCCUUAGUAUCCCCAGUCGGCGUUAUUCCUUUCUUAUCUGGAUUGUUGUCGUUUUAUUUUUUCUUGUCUUCGCCAUCCUGCACUGGACAGGUUCAAGGGGUGGUUUUCUCGGAGCCCAUUGGACAAAAUGGACUAUCCGCCGACGAACUUGGAGAAAGAAACACAACAUCGCACUUGCCCUCAAGAACGACCAUUCACACCGCCAGCCCAAUUCUUUGCCUUCCAAUGCCCAACUUCUUUGCUUGGCACUGCUCUUGGGAGGUUCUCUAGCCCUGGCUUUUGUCGGCCCAGACUAUAUUUCUCCAACUUCUCAAACAUGGUGGACUUCAUCAGCACGCACAGGGCAAAUUGCAUUCGCUCUCCUUCCUCUUUGCGUGCUUUUUGCCCUCAAAGCGCCCCCUUUCGCAAUCUUUGCCAUUCCUUUCAUGAUACAGUUCUUCUUCGACAAACUCGCUUGGCUUCACCGCUGGACAGGCAGGCUAAUAUGGUUUCUUACAUCAAUUCAUGUUGCACUCUGGAGCGUUCAGCUCGUCCAAGACCAUAAUUCCAGCACUGGUCGUGUCGCAUACGUGUACGCUUUCUCCUACAUGCCCUUCAUAUUUGGCUGGGUCGCGUUUGCAUUGCUGACAUCCAUAAUCGUUCUGUCCAUGAACUCCAUUCGAAGAAACUUCUAUGAAGCCUUCUAUUUCUUGCAUGUUUUGCUUGUCCCACUUAUGCUCGCCUCUGCUGCAUUCCAUCAUCCCACACUCUGGUGGUGGUGUUGGGGUGCUCUCGCAAUUUGGGCAGGUGAACGCAUUUGGCGGUGGACGUGGUGGUUUGCCGCAAAUACUUCCAUUCUAGGUAGCAGUUCACGGAACAUCUUCGUCUCCGAAUCACUUGAUUCGCAAUCCUUCCGUUCACCGAGCUCUUUGAACCCACAUUAUCAGUCUGACAAACACACAGUCGGUCCACAUUCAUCAUUGCUGCCCAUUCGUCUACCCACAGGAUCGCUCGAACUGGACACCGCUAGGUCCACAAUACACCAUCCCUCUCCGUAUAUUCCUCCUCCAGGGUAUGCCCACGCUGAGCUUCUCUCUGGGCAUACAGUGCGGCUGCGUCUUAUAACCCCCGGAUUUCUACCGUGGGCUCCGGGUCAACACUUCCUCAUCAAAAUCCCCAGCGUCUCCCGAUUCACUACCCAUCCUUUCACCUGUGCUUCUGUAUAUGAGGGCCGCUUGAUAGUCAUGCUCAUCCGUACAAGAAACGGCUGGACUCAAGAUUUAUGGAAUUUAGUUUCCCGUAUGACCGCUGAGCACUCACCUGGUGACACCCCAAUUUGCGCUGCAGAAAAUCUUCCUAGUCACGGUGUCUUGUUGAGGACAUAUGUAGACGGACCUUUUGGUAGUUCGAUUCGCGCUCGUUGGGGGAACUACUCGACAGUGCUGAUCAUUGCUGGUGGCUCAGGAGUGAGCUUCGGCUUGUCUGUGCUGCAGUACAUAUGUAUGUGCCUUUCCGGUCGGGACGGGAAGAGUUUGGGUGGCCAACCUGGAGGUUGGGGGAAGAAACCAUUUCUAACCAAACGGGUACGCUUCGUAUGGCUUGUCCGUGAAUAUUCUCACAUACAGUGGUGUGCUUCUAUUGUUCGCCGUUGUCUUUCCUUGGUACCAUCGUCUGCAUUGCAGAUCGACAUCUUUAUUACCAACUUCAAACCCAUUGCUCUCAAGAAAUCCGAUAUCCCUCCUUUGCAGGUUCCUCAGCGGCCACUCUUUACUCCUGAGCCCGUUCGUCCUGAGGACCUGCAGCCUCCUCACCCAUCCUUUGCACGUGGCAGUCCUUUGUCGUUCCGCUCUGAUUCCAACGACUCCCUUGACAAUUCCGAUAGUGAUAUUGACCUGAGCUACUACACUGGAGAAUCUGGGGACCCAAUGACACCAGAGGAGGAUAUUGGCUUGGCACAUGAGUCUCACAUACUCGAGUUGACCAACUUCGACGGUGACGAUGACACUGCUCUGCCCGGGGAACACAAUCUGUCCCGCAAGGUGAAGAAGGAAGGUAAGCUGCGACGAGCUCAGUCGCGGAAGCUCUCCAGUGAGAAAAUGGACUUUCUACGAACAGACCUACUGCCAUUAUCUAUAAAUUCGGACAAGAGGUGGUCUGAAAUAUCAAUGGACACCUUCGCAUCUCCAACCUCCAUGUACGGCGAUUCACCGACCCGCGGUCGGCAGUCGACGUACCAUGAGCCUACCUUCUCCCUGAGUGGUCGUUCUUCUCAAAUGGGACAUGCAGGGCCGUCAACAACCAGGUAUUCCACCAGUAGCUGGGAAGGCAAAUCAGAUGCUGGCAGUUCCCGGGGUCUGUUACCAUCUUCCGCACCCAAUGGCUCGCUCGAUCCGGUCCAGUUUGACAUCAGUGAGGAAGAAGCACGGGAUAUCAAUGCUGUUGCGGAGCAUGCACGACCUGGUAAACCCAAGCUUGACAGGAUACUUGCAGAUGAAGUCGAGCAGUCGGAAGGCUCCGUGGUGGUUGCUUGUUGUGGUCCCACCUCGCUCAACGUGAUGGUUCGCAAAAUCAUUGCCGAACAGAUCGACCCUGGGCGGGUCUGGCGAGGUGAUAUGCGCGGGUCGAUAUCACUCAUUUCCGAGGAAUUCGAGUAUUGA